ACCGCUGCUCCUCACUCACCGAAGAAGGGAAAGGCGACCUCCCGCAGCAAGUCCUCUCUGUUGAAGAUGUCACGUUACACACGCCUCUUGACAAACAUUGUACGCUUGCUGGACCAGUUUGAUCCUGAAAAUAACAGCCCAGAUCAUUUUGUAAGCGAUGCAGCUAAAGAUUAUAAGACACAAGAUGAAGUUGAGCAGACGUUCCUGGUGGAAGUCCUGUCAGGCUGUUUAUAUUACAGACCACUGCUCAAUGUGAUAGUGAAUGGAUUUUUCGUCCGAGAUGGAAAGACCUUCCUGCGGUUGGACUGGAAUCUAUAUGCAGUUAUAUGCUAUCUUGUGACUUUUCGGCUGAAAGAACUGGGGAUGAAAGACUUCACCAAAUUUAUCAAUUCCCAGGAUAAGCACAAAAUGCAUAAAUUCCUUAAAUUCUUCUUUGAUGCUGGGAACCUCAAUACAUGGAUAAAGGAUGAGUGGUGCCAAUUAUAUGAUGUGGCAUAUGUAACAGAGAAACUGAUUGAUCCUCUGCUGAGCUGGCAGCCAGAUAUCAAGGACAUCAUUGAACAUUUGGCCAAUACGCUAGCCAACAAAGUCGUCCACAAAAAGGAGAGUCAACCAGUAACAGUGCCGAAUGAAUUCAACAUCACCAAGCCUAAACCGCGAUCCAUUCCAAUGCCUGAGGGAAUUCUACAGGUGGAAGUACAGAGAAAGAUUCCCAGCAGCAUGUACACUCCUCCGAAAGAGAAAGAGAUGCUGGAAGAAAUCAAGAAGAAGAAUCAUCUGUUAGCCGAGGAACACCUCCUGGAAGCUAACACCGACCAGUUCCGAUGUGCCAUCACAGAGGAGUCCACUGACAAACAGCGAAUUAUUUCUGAAAUUCUGAAGGAAAAAGAGGCCAAGAUGAGACGGACACCUUCAAAAGCACGGCAAGUCCCUCAACAGAUGGCUGAACAUAUUCCAAUAAAGUUGAACACGGCUACCAUACUGAGGGAGAAUGCCAUUUACAAACAGAAACUGAAAGAAGAACUCGAGAGGAUUGAUCUUAUACUAGAAGGAGGCCAUGACCCUGUCAUGUUUGAGGAAUCUCAGAGGAAAAAGGACGAGGAACUAAAGCAGCACAAGCUGGCAGAUGUAGAACGUCGUCGCCUUGAGGGAAAGAUCUUCUUCGAACAGUCGAUACUGGCACGGGAGGCAAGAUUUGAUGAGAAACGCCGGAAAGCUGCUCAGCAGAAAGAGCAGGCAGCGGAAUUAUUGCAGAAGUACAAUGAGAUACGACUUCAAGAGAAAAAGCAGAUGAAAGCACAGGUGGAGCAGGUGUUACAGGGACACAAAGACACAAAGGAACAAAAAAGGAAAAUUCAGGAUUACAAACAGAAGAAGGCUAAGGAAAUGAAUACGGAAAUGGAAGAAAUACUUCAGCAUGUGAUGGCGAAGAACAAUGAUGAAAACAGGAAGAAAACACAGCUGAUCCGUGAAAUUCGUGCAAAGUUAACAGCGCCCUCAAUUAAACAAAACUUCCUAGAUUUAUCCAAACCCGCUGGUUACGACCUCUUGGAUGAGAUGUCAUUGAUGGAGCUGCGGGAACGCCUCGGAUUAAUGAAGGAGGAGCGGAUUAAGGAAGAGGAAGACAGACGGGACCGAAUACUCCAUGAAAAGCAAACAAGGGAGCGUGUCCUUUUGGAUAAACUGGAACAGAUCUCCUUGCACAGAGAAGCCAUGAGCAAAAAAGCAGUGCUCAAGAGGAGGGAGAAGGAACUGAAAAAAAGAAAGUUGUCCAAAUUUCUGACAAACAACCAGCAAUUAACUGAGUUAAAAGCUAAACUAGAAGAAAAGAAAAAAGAAAACGAUGAGCUGCUGCAAAUGCAAAAGAAGAUAACUCAAGAGAAUCUGCAAAGGGCUGAAGCCUCCAGGGCAGCAGAGAGGAAAGCAAACGAAGAACGCUGGUGGCGGCACAUGGAAGCUAGCCGUGAACACAGGUCCCAGCAAGUUAAAGUUCGUACUAGAACCAGUUAGAAAGCAUCCAAGCAUCACGGUGUUCGGUGGCGUGGUAAAACUGAAGAUAUUGACCUAAAAAAUGAUCUGACAGUACUUUUAAAGAAGCAAUGGUACUUUAUAAAUACGAUAAUGAAUGAUAAUCGCAAUAAAAGUAAUGGCUUCUGAAAAAUUA